AUGGGCGUUGCUUGUUCAGGGAAUAAGAGGAAUGAACAGUUAUUGUAAGAAUAAUUAAGAAAGUUAGAUUGCAUGUUGAUGUUUACAUAUGGAAAGAGAAGGAAAAGAAAUACCAUCUUUAUGAUUACUCUAGUCAUGAUUCACAUUAUUAAUAAUUGUAGUUGAUUUAAGAUACAAAAUUAUGCAAGUAUGGAGAAAACAUUUUAGCUGUUUAGCCAAAUGUAUAUAAAACUCAUUUAUUAAUAGUAAACAAUAGAAGGAGCACAAGAAUUAUUUGUGAUUAAGGAAAAGGUUUUGAGGCCUAUUACAGAAAUAUGGUCAAUAAUUAGAAAUGAUUAAGUAAAUGGAGUUCCAGUAACGAAUGUAUAUAUAAGUUUGUAUGAAAGAGAGUAUAACUAUUUCCUGGAUAAACUAUAAGACUAGGACGAGUAAAAAUUAUAUUGUGGGAAGCUUGUUUUAAUUAGGCUAUGGCAACUGAGGAAAGCGAAAAAGAGAAAGAUGAAGAUGUAAAUGGAUUGGAUGAUAGUGAUAACAGCAAUGCUGAAAACUCUUGUAGGAUUUGCAUGAGUAAAGUAGGAACGAUUUAAAAUCCACUGAUAAAUCCAUGCCAAUGUAACUAGUAUCAUUUAAACAUAUUGCAGGUUCUGGAUCUGUCAAAUACAUACACAUUAAAUGUCUUUAAUAGUGGAUACACAAUAAAUUUAAGAUUAGAGAACUCAAUAAUAUUGUCCUUUAUUUUUGGUCAAAUUUAAUUUGUGAGAUUUGCAAAGAAUAAUAUAAAUGUAAAACCAUAUAUUCAUACAUAUAUUAGUGGAAUAUAAGUUUAAGAAUAGAAAAUAUCAUUUAAUUGACAUUCCAAGACCUAAAGAAGCAUAUUUCAUAUUUUGGAUUAGUCAUAUUGAUAAAAAUAAAGAGAAAGGAUUAUAUGUGAUCAAUUUAAAUGGAAGAAGCAAUAUUAAGAUUGGAAGAGUAUAAGAAAAUGAUAUUAAAUUGUAAGAUAUCAGUGUGUCUAGAAAUCAUGCACUGAUAACUUUUAAUAGAGAGGAUGAAUCAAUCUUUUUAGAAGAUUUAGGAAGCAAAUUUGGAACUCUCUUAUAAAUAGAUGAAUUGAAACUUGAUACUAAAUCAAUUAUUUAAGUUGCAAAUUCAGUGUUUAUUUUUGACUAUUUAAAAAAAAAUCAGAAACAUUAUGAAUUGCCAAGUUUCUACAAAGUGGUUGAAAAAGAAACACAAUAGCUACCUUAAGUAAUGAGAUACAAAAAUAAUAUAUUUAGGAUUGUGUCGAAGAUGACGUCCUGGUUAAUGUGGAUAAUAACAAGUAUUUAAGUGGAGAUAAUGAAGCCCCAUGAU